UCCCCCCACCAACCAACCAAUCCACCCAUCCGCCCCUGUUCUCUCCUCUUUUACUUUUCUUCUAUUUUUCGCCUUUUCCAUUUCACAUAUCUUUAUCUCACUCUUCUAUCCUUUCGAACCCAUGUUAGCAUGAACGUCGCAGAGUUUCCAGUCUCCACUCUGCUUAGCAUGGUUGCCAACUUGCUCGAAUCCCUCGUCAAAGCAAACGAUCUACUUGUGCCAGACAACAGCAAGACCAUCAAUAUCACCGUAUUUCAUUCCAGAGCCGUCCCCAACAUCAAAAUCAACGCCUACCUUUCAAGAGUAUUACAGUAUACACCCUUCAACAACGAAGUCCUGCUCAGCAUCUUGGUCUAUUUUGACAGGAUCUCAAAGCUAAGGCCAGGCAAGUUUAUCGUCAACUCGCUGAACGUCCAUCGACUGCUUAUUGCCAGUGUCGUUGUAGCUUCCAAAUUCACUUCAGAUGUCUUUUAUACGAACGCACGCUACGCCAAGGUCGGCGGAUUACCACUGCUGGAGCUAAACAAGCUCGAGAUGGAGUUUCUUUUUCUAUGCAACUUCAAUCUGCACGUACGCCUGGAAGCCAUGCAAGAAUAUGGCGAUCAGCUACUGGCCCUCAGUCUGUGCCAGAAACAACAGCAAAAACUGGGCCUGGCGCUAGAUCCAAUGCCGACAGCAACAGUAGCAGCAGCGACAGCAGCAGCAAGUCGUAAACGAAAAAGGACAAUAACAACAGCAUCCUCUUCAGAGAACAGCAUCAGCAUCUUCAGUAAUUACAAUACAGCUUCUACUACUUCUACUACUAUCACUACUUCUACAGCAUGCAUCAAACAAAACAGCAAUAUCAACAUUAACAACAGUAGCAACAAUCAUCGUCAUCGUCAUCAUCCUCACUUGUCAUAUCAUCAACAUCAAACUCAUGUACAUCUUCCACUCACACCUCCAACACCCCCAUAUACCACUACAUCGCCAAGAAAUAUUAAGCGGCGUCGUUGAUCGAGUAACACUAAUCUGUACACUUAAAAAGAAAAGCUGGGAACUUUUUUGCCGUUUGGGUUUCACACACUUUAAAUGCUUUUUACUCCCUUCUUGCAUGCCACUUUCGUAACAUCUUCCAAAGAAAAGGAAAAGAGCAAUGCCUUCCUUCUUUAAUCAGUUACUCGCUCCAUUCAAUCGUCGAAGGCGCAAAGUCACCACCAAAGCCGUUGAUCAUAACAACAGCGACAACCACAAUAACGCAAGUCGUUCAACCCCACUUUCUCCUCCUCAACCUGAGACGGCUCCAGUACUAGUAUACACAACAGCGCAGCAGCAGCGACAGCAAGAACAAGCAACUGUUGUCUUUUCAGAUCAACCAAGGACCAGCAUUACGAGUAGUAGCAGUGU